GAAUAUCGGCACGUCGCUUCGAGGAGCCGCAAGGGACGGAACCUAGACACAGACCGCCAUGAACACCAGCACCGCCAUGUGGAGAGCGCCGCUGCUGCUCGUCGUGGGGCUCGGAGUGUUAGCCGUGCUGGCGGCCGCCUCCCCGACGCCGCCCCCGGCCGUGGACGACUCGGGCGAGUACUCGGCGCUGCCCGAGGGCUUCAUCUUCGGGGCGGGCUCCUCCGCCAUGCAGACCGAGGGCGCGGCCACGGAGGGCGGCAAGGGCAUGAGCGUCAUGGACUACAUCGUGGCCAACUCCGGAGAGCUGCCCCCAGGCGCCCCAAGCCUGGUGCCGCCCGACCGCGCCGCCGACUCGUACCACCGCUACAAGGAGGACGUCGAGAUGGCCGCCCAGCUCAAGCUGCAAGCGUACCGCUUCUCCGUGGACUGGUCGCGCCUUUUCCCCGACGGCAACAUCUCCAACCCGAACCCCGAGGGCGUCCAGUACUACAACAACGUGAUCGACGAGCUGGUCAAGAACAACAUUCAGCCGAUGGUCACCAUGAACCACUUCGACUACCCGCUGGCCGUGAUGCGGAGGACGGGCGGCUGGACCGACCCCAGGAUCGUGCCCGCCUUCGAGGAGUACGCCGGCUUCCUGUUCAGGACCUUCGGGGACCGAGUGAAGCUGUGGACUACCGUCAACGAGCCCAACUACUACUGCAUGAACUUCGCCGUGAUCGAGCUGCCCGGCCUCUACACCAGGCAGCCCGGCGACGACUACAAGUGCUCCCACCACACCGUGCUGGCCCACGCCGCGGCCUACCGCCUCUACGAGCGCGAGUUUAAGGCCACGCAGCAGGGCCGAGUGGGCGCUGCCGCGCUGACCCUCUGGGCCACCCCAAACUCCACUAAGUACGAGGACAUCCAGGCCGCGGAGCGCACCAACCUGUACACCCUGGGCGCCAUCUACGGCCCCUUGGUGCACGGCGACUACCCCGAGCUCAUGAAGAGGAACAUCCUCAAGAAGAGUCUGGAGGAGGGCCUCACCGAGUCGAGACUGCCGACCUUCACGCCCGAGCAGAAGGAGCUCAUCAGGGGCGCCGCUGACUUCCUCUCCUUCAACGCCUACAUGGCCAACGUGAUGGCGGACAACUCCCACGCCCCCAAGACGAGCCAGUACGGCGACAUGGCGUCCGACCGCGACGCCAUCGAGACCAGCGCGCGGCCCGCCACUCCGGGCAACAUGCAGGGCAUGUUUGAGCACUGCACCCCCGAGGUGCUCCGGGAGGCCACCAUGUGGAUCCGCGACAACUACGACAUGCCCAUCUUCAUCACCGAGAACGGCUGGGGCGACGAGGGCAUCCACGGCAACCUCCCCAUGCACGACGAGCCCUACCGCUCCGCCUACCACAGCGAGUACCUGCGCACCCUCAUCAAGACCAUCAAGGAGGACAACGUCAACGUGAUCGGUUACUUGGCGUGGAGUCUCCUCGACAGCUACGAGUGGACGGCCAACUACGGACGUCGCUUCGGCCUGGUGCACGUGGACUACGAAAACGGCACGCUGGCGCGAACGCUCAAGGACUCGGCCUGGUUCUUCCAGCACAUCGGCGAGACGCGUCGCAUCCCCGUGCUCACGUUCCCCAGCGACGACCCCAGUGACGGCACCACCACCACCACCACCACCACCACCGCCGCGCCCUCUAGCGGUGACUUCGCCCUGCCCAGCCUCCGCGCCGUGCUGGCCGCGCUGGCCGCCCUGCUGUGGCUUCAGCGCUAGUCACCACCGCCACCCGAACCUAACCAAAACCGAUCCGUUACUGCGCUGCAAAAAUUUUGGUUGUCACUUGCUGACAAUGCUAAAUUUUCUUACAUUACAAGAUUGUCAUCAAAUCAGUUGAUGACAUUCUUGUCACGCCCAUAGGAAUACAAGUUUUCAUGAAAAUGUCAUCCAUUUGUGGUGAGAUUGUCCUAGAGUGAUGAAAAGUUAAUCGUCUUGCUUGACCUAAAGCGUCUGCAAGUAUUCACAGUGUGAUUGGGACAGCGGUCGCUGUCGCCAUGUACUCCGACCCGACGGACGGAGCCAGACUGAUCUUUAAUUUAUGUCAUGUGUACGUAUUUAUUUUCGUUUUUAGUCUCUUUUGUGAUGUAAGAUGCAAGCGUCUCCCAAGUUGCUCAGAGUGAGCGCGAGUGUCUGUGUACGGCUGCAACUAAAGAAAUAAAUAGCUAGUCAAAUGAAA